GCCCACUUCGAGUGACGAUGCUCCACACGCCGUGGCAUCUAUCCUCCGCCCGCUUCUCCCUCGACACCAUGGCCUCCGCAGACCCUCUCGACAGCGCUCUCGACCUGCUCCGCCGCCUUAACCCCAAAGACGUCAAGCAAAACGUCGACUACCUCUGCCAACUCGCUCCCGCUCUGACGGAAGAACUCCUCGAAUCCGUCGAUAUCCCGCUUGCGGUCAAGCAAUGCCUCAAGACGAAGCGCGACUUCCUGUGCUGCGACUACAACCGGGACGGUGAUAGCUGGCGGAGCCCGUGGAGUAAUGAGUUUCAGCCGCCGCUGGAUGAUGGGGAGGGCAUUGCGCCGAGCGAUCGGAUACGGAAGAUGGAGGUGAAGGCGAAUGAGGCGUUUGAUGUGUAUCGGGAGCUAUACUUCGAGGGCGGAAUUUCGAGCGUCUACCUUUGGGAUAUGGACGAUGGGUUUGCGGGGUGUGUUUUGCUUAAGAAGGCUGUCUCUCCCUCUCCCAAGAGCAACGGCAGCUGGGAUAGUAUCCACGUCUUCGACGCCCAGGACCGCGCCCGGACGGCCCACUACAAGCUCACCAGCACUGUCAUUCUGAGUCUCGGCAAUGAGGCGGAGAAUCUGGGCAUAAUGGAUCUGAGUGGGAACAUGGUUAGGCAGGUGGAGCAGGACAUGGCAGUUGAGGAUGAUGGGAGCCAUGUGGCUAAUAUCGGAAAGAUGGUCGAAGAUAUGGAGUUGAAGAUGCGGAACCUGCUGCAGGAGGUGUACUUCGGAAAAGCGAAGGACGUUGUCGGCGAUCUACGGAGUAUUCCACCAUUGAGCGAGACCAACAGGGACAGGGCGACACAGCGAGAAAUGAUCAACAGCAUGGCACGGUGAUUAGCGGUCUUUUUCCAUGCACAAAUACUCACGAGAUUCCAAUCCAUGGUAUGGUGGAGGGCAUACAAAACAGCUUGUUACAGUUCACCUUGGGCACUUUUUAAAUUGUUCAAUCGUGGUCACGACGUGAAGACAUGGGAUCAAUAUCUUUUCAAGGUAUUUUCGUUCCUCCAGUCGGGAAUUUCUCACCCGCAAGUGCAACCACAUCUGGACAUCCAACGCGGGUCAACAUCACGUGCUUGAGAUGUACAGGUUAGUAAUCCGCGUCAGCAACUUUUCCAAGCUUCACGCUAUUUUUAAGCUACAUAUGUGUCUUGACCAACUACUAUACAUGUACUAGGC